GUGAGUGUGUGUGUGUGUGUGUGUCCAAACUUCAAUUUAGUGGCCCGAUACAAAGGCUGAGCACUGAGCACACCACCUCGCACCCUCCCAUACAAUCACAACAAAGGCCUCUCCCUGGCUGGGCUGCAUCCAUAUAACGGAGGUGUAAGAGAAACCUAUUCUGAAGACAAAAACUCAUACCUUUACAUAAUGGGUAAGGUGAAAAGGCUUCGGCAAAAGUAUCAUCUAAGUUUGGCCAAGGAGAAAGCAGAGAAAGCAUCAGCUGGCCAAAAUGCAACAAACAGUGUUCCACAGCUGGUGCCACAGAUCCAUGGAGCAACAUCUUCCCAAAAGGAGAGGGACAACAUAUUUGCUGGCCUGCAGAUUAAAUUAGGAGCUGCCGGAACUUUGCCCGCAACAAAACAAGUGGAACCUGACAAUAUGAGUGUUGUUUCUUUGGGUCAGCAAAGCCAAAUGGAGCCCAAGGCGGAAAAGAGGAAAAAAAGACGUAUGGAACUUUUGAAAAAGAUUGAUGUUGUCCGAGCUGGGCAACAAGAAGAGAAGGAUCGCAGGAAGCGUGAGAAGACUGUUGUAACGGGAGACAUGCAUCCACUGCUUAAUGCUUUGCCAUCACUUGGGGAGCUGAUGGCAUCUCAAAAUGAAAAAACUCACAAGUCCAAGAAGCCAAAAGGAACUCCAAAAAUGAAAAUUGUAAAAAAAGAAACCCUGUCAGACAUCGAAAUGUUCACCAGUGUUCAUCAAGACCCUCAGUUCACCAAUGACCCUUUCAAAGCAGUGGCACUUGCACUUGAGAACAGAGUUUUGAAUGCAGAAUAUUGAAAUGGUAACUGGUUUUAUUCAUCUCAAAGCUGCAAACUAAAUAAGAAGCAGGGGAUCAGUAGUAUAAAUCUUAAAACUAUUUGUUCAUCCUGGACAGAGGUGCUGACUUGUUAGCUAAUUUGAGAAAAAAAUAAAUGAUAUUUUUAUAA